CACAGCGCACCGCCGCGGCGAGGCGCCGGUGGCGCCGGGUCUACUGGCCACCGCCGCGGGAAUGCUGAAGGUUUGCUGUGGGCCGGCGGAGAACAGGCGGUACCGCUCAGGCGGCACUCCGGGCUCCAGCUGAUGCCGUGGGCCUGCCGCCGCCAUCCCGUCGCCCCGACGCUGCUCCUUGGCCGCCCUCUCGCCAUGGUGGGAGACAGCUCGGCCGCCACCCGGCCGCUGCUGCGAGUGGGACCGCCACUGGCGCUGUGGUGCACCUCGGCCCUCCUGGUGCUCGCCCUCUCCGCGCUGCCCGCCAGCCGCGCGUCCAACCCUCUGCCCGGCAGCGAGUGCCAAAGCGGCGGCACCGGCAAGGGGAAAGACAUCAACUGCUCAGAGUUAAAUGUAAGAGAGCCUGAUGUAAGAGUAUGUGAUGAAUCAUCAUGUAAGUAUGGAGGAGUGUGUAAAGAAGAGGGCGAUGGCUUGAAAUGUGCAUGUCAGUUUCAGUGUCACACUAAUUAUAUUCCUGUUUGUGGAUCGAAUGGAGACACUUACCAAAAUGAGUGCUUCCUUAGGAGAGCUGCAUGCAAGCAUCAGAAAGAGAUAACAGUGAUAUCAAGAGGACCUUGUUAUUCUGAUAAUGGCUCUGGAUCAGGAGAAGGAGAGUAUGAAGGAUCUGGAACAGAAGUUCAGAGGAAGCAUUCAAAAUGUGGAGUUUGCAAAUACAGAGCUGAGUGUGAUGAAGAUGCAGAAAAUGUUGGGUGUGUAUGUAAUAUAGAUUGCAGUGGAUACAGUUUUAAUCCUGUAUGUGCUUCUGAUGGUAGUUCCUAUAACAAUCCAUGCUUUGUUAGAGAAGCAUCAUGUCUGAGACAAGAACAGAUUGACAUAAGACAUCUUGGACACUGCUCAGAAACAGAUGACACAAGUGCAGUUGGAAAGAAAGAUGAUGGAAUGCAGUAUCGGCCAGAGGUGAAAGAUGCUAGUGAUCAAAGAGAAGACAUUUACAUUGGAAACCACAUACCUUGUUCAGAAAGUUUUAAUGGCUACUGUAUACAUGGAAAAUGUGAAUUCAUUUAUUCCACUCAGAAGGCUUUGUGCCGGUGUGAAUCAGGAUAUACUGGACAGCACUGUGAAAAGACAGACUUUAGCAUUCUUUAUGUUGUCCCAAGUAGACAAAAGCUUACGCACGUCCUUAUUGCAGCAAUAAUUGGAGCGGUACAGAUUGCCAUUAUAGUUGCAAUUGUCAUGUGCAUAACAAGAAAAUGCCCCAAAAACAACAGAGGACGUCGUCAGAAGCAAAAUCUAGGCCAUUUUACUUCAGAUACGUCAUCCAGAAUGGUUUAA